GGCUGCGAGCGGCUGCGAGCGAGAGCCCCAGAGCCGGAGAGCGAGUGGCGGGCGCCCGCCCCGCGCCUCCCCUCCGCCCACCGCGCGCCUCGUUCGCCUUUCCACCCCGCCCGCCAGGCCCGGCUCGCUCCCGGUGCGGCCACAGCCCCCGAGCUCUGGGGCAACACGGGCAGCCUCGGAACUCCCCGGCUCGCCGCCGCGUCCCCAGACAAAGGCUUGGCCAGCGGCCCCGGCCCGCUGCGCCCUUAGCUCCCCGCCUCCCCUGCUUGCAGCUCUUCGCCCCCGCGCUUGGCUCGGCGCGCCUCGGCCGGCCGCAAAGUUUCCCCGGCAGCAGCGGCGGCUGAGCCUCGCGUCAGCGAUGGCCGCGGAGCUGAGCAUGGGGCCAGAGCUGCCCACCAGCCCGCUGGCCAUGGAGUACGUCAACGACUUCGACCUGCUCAAGUUCGACGUGAAGAAAGAGCCGCUGGGUCGUGCGGAGCGUCCGGGCCGACCCUGCACACGCCUGCAGCCGGCCGGCUCCGUGUCGUCCACACCGCUCAGCACACCAUGUAGUUCGGUUCCCUCUUCGCCCAGCUUCAGCCCGACUGAACAGAAGACCCACCUCGAGGACCUGUACUGGAUGGCGAGCAACUACCAGCCGAUGAAUCCCGAGGCGCUCAACCUGACGCCGGAGGAUGCGGUGGAGGCGCUCAUUGGUGCGCACCCAGUGCCACAGCCGCUGCAGAGCUUCGACGGCUUCCGAGGCGCUCACCACCACCACCACCAUCACCACCACCCUCACCCGCACCACGCGUACCCAGGUGCCGGCGUGGCCCACGAGGACCUGGGCCCCCACGCGCACCCGCACCAUCACCAUCACCACCAAGCGUCGCCCCCGCCGCCGCCGUCCAACGCCACCAGCCCCGCGCAACAGCUGUCCAACAACCACCCCGGGCCAAGUCCGCACGCGGCGGCGGCGGCCACGGUGGCCGGCGGCAACGGCAGCGUGGAGGACCGCUUCUCUGACGACCAGCUCGUGUCAAUGUCAGUGCGUGAGCUGAACCGCCAUCUGCGGGGCUUCACCAAGGACGAGGUGAUCCGCCUGAAGCAGAAGCGGCGGACCCUGAAGAACCGGGGCUACGCCCAAUCGUGCAGGUAUAAACGCGUCCAGCAGAAACACCACCUGGAGAAUGAGAAGACUCAGCUCAUUCAGCAGGUGGAGCAGCUUAAGCAGGAGGUGUCCCGGCUGGCCCGCGAGAGAGACGCCUACAAGGUCAAGUGCGAGAAACUCGCCAACUCCGGCUUCAGGGAGGCGGGCUCCACCAGCGACAGCCCCUCCUCUCCCGAGUUCUUUCUGUGAGUCGCGGCGGGUCCCAGCCCGCGCCCUUGUCCCGGCCCGGACUCCCUGUCCCGUGUCCCCAGCCCUGGACUUCCCUGGACCUUGUCCCUGCCAUGGCCCCAGCCUUGACCUGUUUGACUUGAGCGAGAGGGAGGAAGGGCACACGGGCCGCGAGCGACGGGCGGGAGCGCGGGAGGCAGGGGACUUUGGCUAAGGCGAGAGUAGCGCACGCCAACCACCGCCUCCUAGACUCGAGCGGAGCCUCAGAGACGAGGGGGUGGGAGGUCCGGAGCAACUUUUCUCCAGGCAGGAAGGCGGCGAAGCAUAGUACCGAGAAGUCGCCAAGGCAGUCUGGAGACGCUGGCUUUUCUGAACUUUGAGAGUGCCGGCUGCUGCUUCGCUGUCCGGAGCUCUGUCCGCUCUAGGAAGAGAGCAGAGGAGAGGGACCCUGGCGUCUCCGGCAGGCGCGAGGCCAGGUUGAGCGGAAGGGGAUGAACAGAUGGACCUGCGGGGUCUAGAGUCCAGAGAACACUGGCUCUCAGCCGGGAGACGCGGUCCUUGGCUAGGACGUUCCAGCGCGCAAAUCUCAUCCGUUUUAUUGCCUGCUCGAUUAUAUAGAAAAAUACGAAAAUCUGCAUUAAAAAUAUUAAUCCUGCAUGCUGGACAUGUAUGGUAAUAAUUUCUAUUUUGUACCAUUUUCUUGUUUAACUUUAGCAUGUUGUUGACCAUGAUUCAUAACCCCCUUGUUUCUUUGGGUGAGAAGGGAUCGCAGUUGGGAAAACUCCAGUGGCUGUGAGCCGGGUUUCAGCCCUGGCUGCUGGUUUGUAAAUACCUGCCCCCACCAAACCGCACGGAGUACGUACGUGGCAGCAAGCUGAGGGUCUUUGUUUGGGUUUAUUAUUAGACCCUUUUCUUUGUAAGUUUACAAAAAAGGGGGGAAAAGAGAGAGAGAGAGAAAGUUCCAGACAUUUAGCAUCAGACAACUUUGUCUUGGGGUAACCUUGGAAGUUGCACGAUUUCUUCUGUCCCUCUCCUGUUUUGUUCUCUCUCUCUCUCUCUCUCUCUCUCUCUCUCUCUCUCUCUCUCUCUCUCUCUCUCUCUUUUCCUCCUGUUUAGUUUUCAGUUUUGUGGGCUUUGAUGCACAGUACAAGGACAGGACAGCUGUGGAGUUCCACACCUCUUCCCCAAUCCCUGCCUAGUUUCUUGGCCAAAUUGACACGUCUAAUAAGAGGAAAGCAAAAUAGAUCUCUUGGGCUUUUUAUUGUACUCAGAAUCACCCCAGGGUCCCUUUGGAAUUUGCCAGGCUGACAUUAAUUCUGAGGGUCCCCAGUUCUCCUCCUGGGGUGAAAAGCAUUAGCAUCCUUGACACUGGUCUGUGACCAGAGCUUGCAUUGACCCACCUGCCUCAUUCAGGACGUAGCAAAACACCGAACAUUGGCAAGUGAUUGCAGCUUUCAAGUGUGCUCUUUAGAAGUAUAUGUUUCUUUCCCUGCUUUUGAGAUGGCAGGAGAAGUUAUUGGCGGUGUUUCUCUCCCCCUCCUUCAGUUGUAUAGUAGUUAUCCAGGAGAGCUGGGUGUUUUUCUUUAUUAUUACUUUUUUUUCUGCAGGUCAGUAAAAGGAUUUAAGUUGCACUGACAAAAUAUACCAAAAUUAAAGACUAUUUUUUAGUUCCCAUUUGAAAUUGCUGGCGCUGCUGGCCAGAUGCAUUUCUGAGUUUGUAUUAGUUGAUAAAUUAACAGUAAUAACAAGAUUGUAUGAACCGCAUGGUGCUUGCAGUUUUAAAUAUUGUGGAUAUUCGUCCUGCAUCAGAAACGAGCUUUGGUUUUUACUGAUUCAACUGUGUUGAAAUCAAAUUUACCGCAACAGAAAUUGUUUUUAUUUCAUGUAAAAUAAGGGAUCAAUUUCAAACCCUGCUUAUGAUAUGAAAAUAUUAAAACCUAGUCUAUUGUAGUUUUA